AUGGUCGCCAUCCGCCUCUCCGCCCUCUGGGUGGCCAUGAGCCUCGGCCUCUCGGCGGCCCUGGCCCUGCCCAUGGACUCGCCCCUCACCCCGUCCGAGGACCUCUUUGCGCGCGACAACGGCAAGAACUCCUACACCGGCCCCUACGCCAAGGGCACCGGCGCAUGGGAGUCGGGCUUCGCAAAGGCAAGGCAGCUCGUCGACCAGAUGACGAUCGAGGAAAAGGUCAACGUCACCACCGGCUACACGGGCAAGUGCGUCGGCUACACGGGCACCGUCCCGCGCCUCGGCCUCACCGCCCUCUGCCUCCAGGACGGCCCUGCCGGCGUCCGCCCGGCGCGCAGGGUGUCGCAGUUCCCCGCCGGCGUCACCACCGCCGCCACCUGGGACCGCGACCUGUUUGCCAAGCGCGCCGAGGCCCUCGCUGACGAGUUCAGGAACAAGGGAGUCAACAUUUGGCUCGGCCCCGUCACCGGUGGCCCGCUCGGACGUGCGCCGCGCGGCGGCCGCAACUGGGAAGGCUGGGGCAGCGACGAGUACCUCUCGGGCGAGGCGUCGUACCUCACCGUCAAGCACGCCCAGCAGAACGGCCUGAUGGCUUGCAGCAAGCACUACAUCGCCUACGAGCAAGAGACUUACCGCAACCCCUACAACCUUACCGAGCCCUACGCCGUCUACCCGCCGCUCGAGCAGAGGCCCAUCUCGUCGAACCUCGACGACCGCACCAGCCACGAGCUCUACAUGUGGAGCUUUGCCGAGGCCGUCCGCGCCGGCACGGCGACGAUCAUGUGCUCGUACAACGAAGUCAACCAGACGCACGCGUGCGAGGACGACUACUCGCUCAACACGCUGCUCAAGAAGGAGCUCGGCUUCAACGGCGCCGUCAUCUCGGACUGGGGAGGAACGUGGUCCAACAAGGGCUCGGCGCUCGGCGGCCUCGACGUGACGAUGCCCGGCACGGGCUACAAGGGCGUCUUUGGCGACUUUUUCGGCAAGCACCUCGUCAAGCUCGUCGAGGGCGGCAAGGUGCCCGAGUCGAGGCUCGACGACAUGGUGAUGCGCGUCCUCGGCCCCGCCCUCUCGCUCCAGGACCUCGCGCAGUGGCCCGAGCCCAGCUUCGACGUGCGCGACAUCACCGUGCCCACCAACAACGUGCGCGACGACCACCACAAGAUCAUCAAGAAGAUUGGCGAGGAGAGCCUGACGCUGCUCAAGAACAAGCGCUCCAAGGACGACCCGCGCGGCCUGCCCCUCAAGUCGGCCGCCGACCUGCAGAGCCUGGCCGUGCUGGGCCAGGACGCUGGACCGGCUGAGCGCGGCAUGACGUCGUGCGGCGACGGCGGCACCUCGUGCAGGCCCGACGGCAACAACGGCACCCUCACCCUCGGCGGCGGCUCCGGCUGGGCCUACCCUCCCUACAUCAUUGACCCGCUGUCGGCCAUCCAGCAAAAGGCGCGCGAGAGCGGCUUCGACGUCAACCACUCGCUCGACAACUACAACCUCGAAAACAUCGCCUUCCAGGCCAACCACUCCGAGGCCGCCCUGGUCUUUGUCAACGCGUAUGCCACCGAGAACCAGGACCGCCAGAACCUCACCCUGUGGGCCAACGGCGAAAAGGUCAUCAAGACGGCGGCCAAGAACAACAACAACACCAUCGUCAUCAUCCACGCCCCCGGCCAGGUCGAGAUGAGCAGCUGGGCCGGCCACGAGAACAUCACGGCUAUCCUCUACGCCUACCUUCCCGGUCAGGAGUCGGGCAGCUCGCUGCCGCCCGUGCUGUGGGGCGAAAAGUCGCCGUCGGGCAAGCUGCCCUUUACGAUUGCCAGAAAGACGUCCGACUACCCGCCCAACACGAUCAUCGCCGACCGCACCAAGGCGCCCCAGGCCGAUUUCACCGAGAAACUCCUCAUCGACCACAAGUGGUUUGACGCCAAGAACAUCGAGCCGCUGUACGAGUUCGGCUUCGGCAUGUCCUACUCGUCGUUCGAGUACGGCGACUCGCUGCGCAUCGAGGAGACGUUCGAGGCCGACGAGUCGUCGGUGCAGAAGACCAACGAAAAGUGGAUGGCGCCCGAGGGCAGCUUCGCCGCCCAGGGCUCGUCGCUCUACGACACGCUCCUCACCGUCUCGGUGGAUCUGACCAAUACGGGCUCCGUCACGGCGGCCGAGGUGGCGCAGCUCUACGUCUCGCUGCCCAAGGGCGCCCGCUCGCCGCCCAAGCUGCUGCGCGGCUUCGAAAAGGUCAACCUCGCCCCGGGCGAGACGCGCUCGGUGGCGUUCAAGCUGAGGAAGAAGGACCUCGCCUACUGGUCCACCGUCGAGCAGGCCUGGAAGCUGCCCCAGGGCGACGUCACCUUCCGCGUCGGCGCGUCGAGCCGCAAGCUCUCGGCCAAGGCCACCAAGAGCUUCUGA